AUGGACGGCUCAAAAGACAUCCCCAACAUCGACAAGAACCCUCAGCAGCAACCAGAUCCUGUUUUGAAGAAGGCUUCUGCUCCCGCCGAUGCAAAGCCCAAAGUCAGGACCGAGUCCAAGUCUGGUGCUACAAGACCGCCGUUGAACAGAUUCACCACCAGCCACGAAAAUGUGUUGCAAGAGAACUUCAUCGGCGCAAUUGACCAAGGAACCACUUCGUCUAGAUUUAUCAUCUUCGACGGAGUCGGCGAGCCUGUAGCAAUGCACCAGAUCGAAUUUGAGCAAAAGUACCCCGAAUCUGGUUGGCACGAGCACGAUCCCUGGGAACUUGUCUCUUCGGUAGAAACCUGUAUCGAGGAGGCUACCAAAAAGUUCCUCGAAAAGGGCCACAAGGUCUCGGAUAUCAAGGCAAUCGGUCUGACCAACCAGAGAGAAACAACUUUGGUCUGGGACGCAGAGACUGGAGAGCCUUUGCACAAUGCCAUCGCCUGGCCCGAUACCAGAACCAAAGGUCUUGUCCGUGAGUUCAAGGAGCGCAAGGGCGAUCAGAACUUGUCCGAGAUCUGUGGUAUUCCCCUCUCGACAUACCCAUCCUGCCUUAAGCUCGUUUGGAUGCUGCGCCACGUUCCCGAGGUCCAACAAGCCUACGACGAGGGUCGCCUGUGCUUCGGUACUGUCGACACCUGGUUGAUCUACAACCUCAACGGAGGAAAAGAGAAGAACGUAUACGUCACAGAUUCUACAAACGCUUCAAGAACUAUGUUCAUGAACCUGCACACCUGUCAAUAUGACGAUAAGCUUCUUGCAUUCUUCGACCUUGACCGCAACAAGCUCAGAUUGCCCAAGAUCGUUCCUUCAUCCUGCGCAGAAGCGUACGGUACUCUCGCCAGGGGUACCCUGAAGGGAAUGAGAAUCGCAGGCUGUCUUGGUGACCAGUCCUCGGCGCUGGUCGGUCAACAAGGCUUCACUCCCGGCUCUGCCAAAAACACAUACGGAACGGGUUGUUUUCUGCUCUACAACGUUGGCGAGAAGCCCACUAUUUCCACUCACGGUCUGCUCGCGACGGUAGCCUACGAUUUUGGACGCAACAGAAAGCCAGUAUACGCUCUCGAGGGUUCCGUAGCCGUCGCUGGUUCCGGUGUCAAAUUCCUGAUGAACAACAUGGGUUUCAUCGCCCAUGCCGAGAAAGUGUCAGAGCUCGCCUCCACCGUCGACGACAACGGCGGUCUCGUCUUCGUCACCGCCUUCUCUGGUCUCUUUGCACCAUACUGGAUUGAUGAUGCAAAGGGUACCAUCUUCGGUAUCACUCAGCACACACAAAGAGGUCACAUUGCACGAGCUACUCUCGAAGCCACCUGUUUCCAAACAAAGGCUAUCCUCGACGCUAUGGAGAAGGACAGUGGACACGCCCUGUCAGACUUGGCCGUCGAUGGCGGUAUGAGUAACUCGAACAUUUGCAUGCAGACACAAGCGAACAUUAUUGGUAUUCCCGUCAACCGCCCCGCUAUGCGCGAAACCACCGCUUUGGGAGCUGCCAUUGCCGCCGGCUUCGCUGUCGACAUCUGGAAAGAGUUCAGUGAGCUUAAGGCCAUCAACCAAAAGAACCGUAUGGUCUUCGAGCCCGAGGUCACUCCCGAAGAGGGCGAAAAGAUGUUCAAGAAGUGGGAUCGAGCUGUCAGCAUGUGUCGCGGUUGGCUUGACGUGGACGAGGUCACCGAGAGCUAG